ACGUCACGCUGAGCCAACCAAUGAAAUUCAAACAAAGUGCUCCCAGCAUUCCGUGCGCCGCUUGAGGUCGCGUUAUGGCGUAACGGCAAAUUCGAAAAUCCGUCGAAAUGUCAGCUACCCUAGGCGUAAAUUUAAGGGUUACGUGUCAUGGAUCGCGGGGAGACAGAAAGUAUAUGGAAGAUUAUUUUGUGCUGAAUUACGAACCGUCGGAAGAUGAGCACAAGCUGGAAUUCGCCUUCUUUGGUAUAUUCGAUGGCCACGGUGGUAAAGAAGCUGCCCGUUUUGCCAAGGAUCGCUUGAUGAACUUUAUUGUGAGUGAUAAGCGAUUUUGGUCAGAUGAGGACGACGAUGUUUGUCAAGCUAUCACAAGUGGCUACCUCCAGACUCACCAUGCUAUGUGGCAAGACCAAGUUAAUUGGCCAAAAACAUCUUCUGGCUUGCCGAGUACCUCUGGAACUACAGCUUCAAUCGCAUUCAUCCGAAGAGGAAAGAUUUACAUUGGACAUGUCGGUGAUUCCUCCAUUGUGCUGGGUUAUCAAAAUAAAGGUUCUUCAGAAUGGUCAGGCAAAGCUCUGACAAAGGACCAUAAGCCUGAAGAUGCUUAUGAAGUUGCCCGCAUUGAAAGCUCUGGUGGCAAAGUUGUAGCUAAAUCGGGAGUCCCCAGAGUAGUGUGGAACAGGCCUCGCCUUGGACACAAAGGUCCUGUGCGACGAUCUACUCCAAUUGAUGAAAUCCCUUUCUUAGCAGUUGCUCGUUCAUUAGGGGAUUUGUGGAGCUACAAUUCUGACAAAGAUCAAUUUAUUGUGUCACCUCAUCCUGAUGUACAUGUCAUUGACAUUGAUGUGGAAUCGCAUCGGUGUUUAAUUUUUGGAACUGACGGGCUGUGGAAUAUGCUAAACCCCGAGGACGGUGUCCUUAUUGUGCAAGCUGCUGAACAGCACAAUGAGAAAAAUGUUUAUUUCUCAGGUCAACCUGCCACAGCUAGGAAUCAAAUGUGGGUGAAUCCUUCUAAAAGUUUGGUUGAUAGAGCGUUGAGGCGAUGGGCAACAUUUGGUGCCCGUGCUGACAAUACCAGUGCAGUGACCCUUUUGUUUGAUCCGCCUGGAGUCCAGAGGAGAGGAGAACGUGCAAGUGCACCACAGACUAAUGUGGAUCCGGUUCAUAACACUGCUCCCGUUCCUGAGAGUGCCAAGGAUUGGAGUUCCUCUAUGACACCACCAUAUGCACCCCUUGAAGAUCAUAGAGUGGCAAUUUUUACUCGUCCUUCUACAGUUGAUGCGGUCCCAUCUGCAAAUCAGCCAGCAUCGACAGACUCCACCAUUCUUUCGUCUUCACCUUCAUUACCAGCCACUGUGAAGACUGAUCCCAGUUCUGUAAAACCGGAAGUUGUUGCAACAGCUUUUCCCCAGCUAUCUGAGCCCACAGAGGAUGUCUUAAAAGGCGAAUCAGUGGAUUCUCAUGCCUGUAAAACAAAUCAGUCCCCAUUAAAAAAUACUAUCCCGAAAGACUCAUCUUUAGCGAAAGAUGAGAAACAACCAUGUGCUUCUGACAAUCCGCCUUCUGCAGAGAAUGUGAAAUCUGAUCUGGAUGGUGUAUCCAAGACUGUAGAGAGUCAUCUGCUCAAGAAAGCUUUGUCUUCUCUGAAACCAGCUGGAGAUGAUACAGCUACCUGCAAAGAUGGACAUCCAUUUCGUAAAGAUGUAACCAUGAACUGUGGCAGCUCAAGUAAGGAUCAAGAAGUACCAAGACCUCAAGCACCUGAGCAGCAAGCAGUUGAAUCCCCGCAGCGCCAUUCUCAUAAGCGGAUGCGAGGCAAAACUGUGACAGGGGGUGAACUGAGUCACUCAAGCCCUGCCUCUAGCUCAUUGAAGGCAAAUUUGGCAGGAGAUAUGGGUAUUGUACGUAGACGUCAUAGUAGUGUGUUAGAUUCCAGAACAAGUUCAUUACCUGCUGGCCUUGUUGCCCAGAGUGUUGGAUAUACUCCGUCAUACCCAUACCUACUUGCUGCCAAACGACGCACUCGUUCUGAGGAUAAACUACUUCAAGCUGUUGGGCGCUUGGAAGAUGAUUUAAGGACAAGUGAUGAAGAGAACAAAAGAAUAGGAUGGUCAAUGAAUUGGGUUAAUAGGUUGCGGCCAUCAGAUGGAGGCUCAGAAGAAAAUAAUGCCCACAGCUGCUCGACCAGAAGGAAAAAGAAAUGGAUCAGAUGCAGUGGCAAUGCCAUAGGCAGGGUGAAGCAGGCCAGGCCCUCUGUGUCAAUCCGAUCAACAUCUUAUGCAAAUGGCUGUGAUGCUGUCAUCACUAGAAACUGCAGCAAUAAUGCAGACCUCAAUUCCUCUCGAGUCCUGCGUUCAGACACCCACUCAAGUAUGCCAGUCCACACUCUUCGCUCUCAAAAUGUUGACUUGAAAGCAUCUAGACUUUCUAUUCAUCCUCCAAGUAAAUUCACUCCCAAGAGAGCUGUUCAACUCAAGGCUGCUCUUGAAAUGACAUCAUUUGCUGCUGGGUCAAGUAGUCUGUUACCAGCGACUAAAAUCCUGCUUACAUCCUCUGGACCCGCCAAACGCCUCCGUCAGUCAUUCUGUGGCCGCGCACGACCAGUGACAACACGCAGCAGGGUGAAGAGGUUAAGCAAGUAAUGUUUGUGAAAGCAUCAUGUAUGCCCAAAAGUUUUAUUGUUUUUCUCUUUUUGUUGUUAAAGUUAUUUUUAGUGUACUUUGAAUACUUGUUAUUGAGCACAGAAGGUGGCACCUGAGGCAAUAUAGUUUAAUUUUGACCAAAUAACUACUGUAUGCCGAUUAAUUAGAUUAUUAGGCAGUAGAACUAGUCCUCUGAAUGAGUAGGGAGUUUCCAUUUGUGUGUGGCCGGUGCCUCACUGGUUCUAUGAUCUUUUUGUAUUUUAAAAUCCAUUUUGCAUUUGAUAUGUAAGUAGUGGUAUGCAUUUACCACGUUUCCUUUAUUACUGCCAAUUGACUUAAGUAAUAUUUUGUGGGAAUUUAAUUUAAAAGGUGUGUUGCACAGUUUGCAACACAGUUACAUUUUAUUAUAAUUCUAUUCUUAAUCAUUUUCUAUUUUCACAUAAUCCUUUGUCCCAUGUAUUUUAUCAUAAAUUUUGGCAAUUUUUAUAUUGGAGAGGUAGGGCUUUUUAAAUUAUUAUCCGUCUUUAAGACACAGAACAUUUCUUUUUAUUAUCAAUAUAUUUAAAGAACAGCACAGUUAUUACACACAUAGUGUGUAUUUUUCUAGAAAUAAAUCAGUCUUCAGUUUUCUGUGCUUUUGCAAGUUCAAAACUUGUCUUUUAUCUGCAGUGACAUAGGCAGAAAAUCUAUGUUUGUAAUUAAAACGUAUAUGCUGUACUGUCGGCUAAUUUAUUCUUGUGGAUUUUCAAGCUACUUAAUGAUUGAGUGUGAUGUUAUGGGACCAGCUACCAAUCUGUUAAAUGAGCUGAUCAAUAUUUAUUUUUCUGAUAAGCACAUCAUCAAAUUUCUUUGUACUAUAAAAAAAUUUAAUUUUGUUUUGGCACUUAAGAAGCGAUGUUGUUAUGCUUGUUGAUGUUUUUUAUGAUUGUUUCAGAUGUGCAAAGAUAGUAUCAACACUAUGUGAACUAUAGAUAUUUUUCUGUCUUUUGUUGGGUGCUCAUAAUUAUGAGUGGACCAAGUUUUUUAGUAUUGAGAUCUAGCAAUAGAGCACUUGUGACUGAUAUGGAAAUUAUUUUUGCAUUUUCUGUGCUUCUUAGGACAAAUAAUAGUUGUUGCAUUGUACACACUUCUGAGGUUUUGUCUCCUAGUUUUGGAAGAUAUGUUUUCAUCACUUUUUUUUGUAAUGAAGUCAUUAGGGUGGUCAUAGCUCUUCUUGGCCAAUAUCAUCUGGACAUGAUUUUCUUCAUUUUCAAGUGUUUUGAUCUCUGAACUCAUGUUUGUUCAUGAGGCCAGUUUUUCCUUAUGUGGAAAACGUUCCUCUCAUCAAUGUGAUAAUGCAGAAUGGCCUUAUUGAAUGUGCUAGUAUCACUCUAGUAUACAAUUUAAAGAGAAUGAUAGAAAAUUGAAAUGGUGUGUUAGCAUUGGUCAAUCUUGUUUGAUGUCUUGAUUGGUGGCUUAAGUAAGUGUAGUGUAUGGGAUCUAAUGUUCUCAAUAUAUGAGUAAGCAAUUGUGUUAUCUCAUGAUGUCAACCUUGCUUUUGGUAUAAGUAUCUCUUACUUUAGAUUUUCUGCUUUAAUCACCUGUGACAAAGGGAUAGCCUUCAAAUGACAGAUACUUUUACCUGCAAGAGAAGCCUUGAAGUUUGUAUUAUUUUAGUACAAUUCAAUUGUGUGUAUAUGCUCAUAUAUUUGGAAUCAUUUUCUCCAUUUCUAUGAAAGGAAUAGUAAAAGUUCCUUUUCGAAUAGGCUAAGGACAAAAAAGAAAUGGCCAAAUCCUGCCUCUGGGCUCAUGAAGGAAUUUGUCACAGUUAACAUGCUAAUUAUAAAGUUGUUAUCGAUAUAAUAUGAAAGAAUAUAUAUAUUCAUAUGUAAAGUUGUACAUGUAUAUUCAAAUGAAUAAAAGUAUAUGUUUGUAUGGUCAUGAAA